GGCGCUGAUUGGCAGAGAGGGCCGCCGGCAGGGCUGCGAUUGGUGCGCCUUUCUGUCCGUCGCGGGCUUCGUCUGAGGCGACGGCGGGAGCCUGAGAGCAGGCAAAAUGGCGGCGGCGGCGGCGGCGGCUGGUGCGGAGGGCCUUCGCUUUGGGACCAAAUGCCACAGCGGUAACAGCAAGAACACAAGCCCUGUUCCCACCCGGCCUCACUAAGAAAAGCUCUGCAAGGAAGGCGCCGGCCAGGGAGCCUGAGGGAGGCUCUGGAGCAAUGGCCCUCGACACAGUGAGGAAACUGCAGACCUUGGAGUGUGGCUCACUUGUCUCCUCCCGGCUGGACAAACAUUUCCAGCUGGAGUCCAUCAGCUUCCAGACCAUCCUCAUGAGGGACAUCUUCUUAAAUCACCCAGAGGUUGUGCUGAUUCACCGAACCCACAGUCCGUGGGGCAAAGCCCUCUAUGUGUUCAUGGUGGACAAGCCCUUUCUGAAGCUGGAGGGAGAGUGGACCAAAAUCAUCCACUUCGCAAUCCCUGCCAAGGAGUCGGCCGAAGAGUUGGCUCAUAUGUACCGCAACUUCAAGUCCUUCAACCCAGAAUGGAAGCAGAUCAAGACCUUCCUAGUGGAUCCGCGCUUCCGGUUGCUGCCAACCCUGUCGGAGGCAUUCCCUUUGGCAGAUGUCCAGCUGUCUGUCUUCCAUAUAUGCAAACACUUGCAGCACAAGAUCCACCAAGCCUCCCUGGAGUUCCACACAGAAAGGCUGAUCCUGAGCGCCCUGAGGAACGCCAUGUGUGCCCCCAGUGAGAGCAACUUGAAGAAGAUGCAUACUAUCUUGAGUGACUUUGUCAAGCCAAACCUCUUGCCCCCGGUUCACAAAGAUUGGCUACACAACGACAAAAUCUGGGCCUUCCACCGCUGGCGGACCUGGCAGGAGUGCAGCCAAUAUUUCAAAGACCUGGAGGUGAUCACGCAUAGCUUGAGCCAAAUCUUCUGUGUUGAGCCCUCCCUGGACACUUUUGUCAGCAGCAUAGCCAAGUGUUACCAGAAGAGCUCAACCAAGGCUGCCCCAUGCCCAGCCCCACUGCUCAGUCAGAACGUCUCGCCCUUUCACAACAUCCUGGUUCUUGGCUCUCCGACUGCAAACUCUCAGAGGACCCUGCUUCCUCAGGAUCCUUCUCCAGCAGCCCAGCAGGAGAACACUGCCAGUGCAAAUGGAGAUGGCUGUUCCAACAAUGCAACUGGUGAUCGUGAGGCUGAGGUCAGUGCCAAGGAGGCCGAAUGGCUCCUCAGGCAGUCCUUGACUGACAUCUGCACAGAGCCAGCAGCCAGGCUGUGCUUGAAUGAACUCGCUGUAGUCCAGAGCUCUGUGCAACUGUUGGGCACCAAUGAGAACACUGUGAACAUCCAGAUCCUGGAGGAUGCCCAGGUGGUGCGCCACAGGGGCCUUAGCACCUGCUCAUGCCACUUCAGCCAAACAUUCCAGCUGCCCUGCAGGCACAUCCUGGCCGUGUUGAACUCGGAAGGGAAAGAUGUGGAGCCAAACAGGAUCCCUGUGCAGUGGCGCAAGGGGCAUGGUGCUUCCCAGACAGAGGAGACUGGCACAGAUGGUCUCUUGGAAGUCCUCAGGAGUUCGUGGGAUGGAUUGUUAGAUAAGUAUCUGGCAGUGUCUUUUCUGACAGCAGAGAUCAGCCGGCUCCUGAACCAGUGCAGCCGCGAGGAGUUCGACCGCAGGUACAGCACCCUCCGUGAGCUGGCGGACAGUUGGAUUGGACCUUACAUGCAGGUGAAGUUAUAGCUCAAGUGCAGAGCUUCUGGUGAGGGGGGAGAGGAGGACCAGCAAAUCCUUCUGUCCUGUUUCUUCCCCCAUUAGGAGGAGAAGCAUCUCUGCCUGUAGCUUCUCACAGAAAUGUCAGAAAGGUGCUGAGAAAGCUUGUUGUGGCUCUGUGGGUCCCCUGCUUGGUUGUGAGCAUGGUAAACACAUGAUUCCAGAGCUGAUGUUAACUCCUGUCAGUUUGUUGUAUGCCCCAACAUCUCUCUGCACAAUUAUGCCAACAGAGUUGGUGCACUUUAUUCCACCCCCAUGGAGUAUCACAAACACACCCCAAUGGAGAAGGUGCCCUGGUAUUUUCCAUGUCCUGUUUCACACCUCUCCCACCCAUGCCUUCCCUGUUAUUGAAGUGGAACCCUUCCUGCAACACUGUAGGUUUUUUUCUCCUUUUGGCUGUUAAUAAAUGGAUCUUUGUUUGUCA